AUAGCAGAACUGAGGCGUACACGGUGUUUGACAUUUUCUUCUUUUUAAGUAGGGGGACUUCAAAAAGUCGUGGGCACCCCCAUCCCCCAGGCAAAGUGCAGUGGGCCGGCGUCAGGGCGCCGGCUGGAGGCGGACGCGCCAACCACGCGUGUCCGGGCGCAGGUGCGGGGGGCGACGGCGGCCACUCCGCAGCGUCCGCUCGGGAGGAGAUUUCGCGGCUAAUCUCGGGAUGCCUUGCAGAUGCAAAAUGUGUCUCUGGCCAGCAGGAGGAAGGAAGAGGAAGUGAGAGCAGCGGCCGCCGGCGGCGCAGCAGCCGGCCGACCCGGAGUGUAAGUGCGUGUGCUCUGGCGAGCGCGAACCGGCGAGGAUGGGCAAGGGAUAGAGGCAGAGCCACUCACACCGCCGGGGCCCCGAGUUGGGCGACAGACCCUCCGGUCCCCCUUCAGUGGUCGCGGGGUCGCCAGAGCUCUGAUUGCUGGGAACCCUCGCCGCCGCCGCCGCCGCCGCCGUCCUGCGACCCCGGGCAGGAUCUUAGUUUCCUGACCAAGGAUUGAACACGUAAUCUUGGCAGUAAAAGCUCGGAGUCCUAACCACUGGACCACCAGGGAAUUCCCUGUAUAGACACGUGCGGCCAUCUACACUGUAGGAUCCCGCUUCCACCGGCUUUGGACAUUGCGGGGAUUUGCAAUGCCACCACCUGCGGACAUCGUCAAGGUGGCCAUAGAAUGGCCGGGUGCCUACCCCAAGCUCAUGGAAAUCGACCAGAAAAAACCACUGUCUGCAAUAAUAAAGGAAGUCUGUGAUGGGUGGUCCCUUGCCAACCAUGAAUACUUUGCACUGCAGCACGCUGAUAGUUCAAACUUCUAUAUCACAGAAAAGAAUCGCAAUGAAAUAAAAAAUGGCACUAUCCUUCGAUUAACCACAUCUCCAGCUCAAAACGCCCACCAGCUCCAUGAACGAAUCCAGUCGUCGAGUAUGGACGCCAAGCUGGAGGCCCUGAAGGACUUGGCCAGCCUCUCCCGGGAUGUCACGUUUGCCCAGGAGUUUAUCAAUCUGGAUGGCAUCUCUCUCCUCACGCAGAUGGUUGAAAGCGGCACUGAACGAUACCAGAAAUUGCAGAAGAUCAUGAAGCCUUGCUUUGGAGACAUGCUGUCCUUCACCCUGACGGCCUUUGUGGAGCUGAUGGACCACGGAAUAGUGUCCUGGGAUACGUUUUCGGUGGCAUUCAUUAAGAAGAUAGCAAGUUUUGUCAACAAGUCAGCCAUAGACGUCUCCAUCCUGCAGCGGUCCUUGGCCAUUCUGGAGUCCAUGGUGCUCAACAGCCAUGACCUCUACCAGAAGGUGGCGCAAGAGAUCACUAUCGGCCAACUCAUUCCCCAUCUUCAAGGGACAGAUCAAGAAAUCCAAACCUAUACCAUUGCGGUGAUUAAUGCACUUUUCCUGAAGGCUCCUGAUGAGAAGAGGCAGGUUGGUGUAGAGAGCAGUGUUGACAUCCUUGAUUGUCCUCUGACUGAGAUGGCGAAUAUUUUGGCUCAGAAGCAACUGCGUUCCAUCAUCUUAACACAUGUCAUCCGAGCUCAGCGGGCCAUCAACAAUGAAAUGGCACACCAGCUGUACGUGCUGCAGGUGCUAACCUUUAACCUUUUGGAAGACAGGAUGAUGACUAAGAUGGAUCCCCAGGACCAGGCUCAGCGGGACAUCAUAUUUGAACUUCGAAGAAUUGCUUUUGAUGCAGAGUCUGAACCAAACAACAGCAGCGGCAGCAUGGAGAAGCGCAAGUCCAUGUACACCCGGGAUUAUAAAAAACUUGGCUUCAUUAAUCAUGUCAACCCUGCCAUGGACUUUACCCAGACACCUCCUGGGAUGUUAGCUCUGGACAAUAUGCUCUACUUUGCCAAGCACCACCAGGAUGCCUACAUUCGGAUUGUGCUUGAGAACAGUAGCCGAGAAGAUAAGCAUGAAUGUCCCUUUGGCCGCAGUAGUAUAGAGCUGACCAAGAUGCUGUGUGAGAUCUUGAAAGUGGGCGAGCUGCCUAGUGAGACCUGCAACGAUUUCCACCCGAUGUUCUUCACCCACGACAGAUCCUUCGAGGAGUUUUUCUGCAUCUGUAUCCAGCUCCUGAACAAGACAUGGAAGGAAAUGAGGGCAACCUCUGAAGACUUCAACAAGGUAAUGCAGGUGGUGAAGGAGCAGGUUAUGAGAGCUCUUACAACCAAGCCUAGCUCCCUGGACCAGUUCAAGAGCAAACUGCAGAACCUGAGCUACACCGAGAUCCUGAAAAUCCGCCAGUCUGAGAGGAUGAACCAGGAAGACUUCCAGUCUCGCCCGAUUUUGGAACUAAAGGAGAAGAUUCAGCCAGAAAUCUUGGAGUUGAUCAAGCAACAACGCCUGAACCGCCUCGUGGAAGGGACCUGCUUUAGGAAACUCAACAGCCGGCGGAGGCAAGACAAGUUUUGGUAUUGUCGGCUGUCACCAAACCACAAGGUCCUGCAUUAUGGAGACUUGGAAGAAAGUCCUCAGGGAGAAGUGCCCCACGAUUCCUUGCAGGACAAACUGCCGGUGGCAGAUAUCAAAGCUGUGGUGACGGGAAAGGACUGCCCUCAUAUGAAAGAGAAAGGUGCCCUUAAACAAAACAAGGAGGUGCUUGAACUUGCUUUCUCGAUCCUGUAUGACUCAAACUGCCAGCUGAACUUCAUAGCUCCUGACAAGCAUGAGUACUGUAUCUGGACAGAUGGGCUGAAUGCGCUGCUGGGGAAAGAUAUGAUGAGUGACCUGACGAGGAAUGACUUGGACACGCUGCUCAGCAUGGAAAUCAAGCUCCGCCUCCUGGACCUGGAAAACAUUCAGAUCCCCGACGCACCUCCACCCAUCCCCAAGGAGCCCAGCAACUAUGACUUUGUCUAUGACUGUAACUGAAGCGCCCGGGCCCCAGAAGCUCCCCCUCCCAAACUGGAAGAGCUAGCUAACAGGAGAGAAGAAUGAAAACGCUCCCAUGCCUUGGAAUCCGCUGUGGUAGAGGAAAGCUGUGGUCCACAUUUCCUUUGGCCCCAACGCCUCUAGCCCCGGCGUCUUCCUGCCCCUCCCUGGCAUCCUGCUCACCGCCCUGAUUCCGUUUCUAGACUCCGAAUCUUUAGGUCACCUCCCGUUGCUGCAGCCUAAGGAGGGAGAAAAGCAAAACCCACCGCCAGUAAGGGAGCCAGAGGGCCCUUCCAUCUUCAUCCCAGCAGGCAAGCCCUCCCCUCCUGGAGGCUGAAAGCCAGCAGCACCAGACCGCCCCCAAACCUACAGCCAGACCCAGGGCUGUGCCCGAGGCCUGUGUCUGGAAGAAGCAGUCUAGCUACUUGAGAAGACCAAACUCCUCGUCCCCCUGCUCUCUAGAGUCCGCUCACACCGCCAGCUCCAUGUGCACUGAAAUCUGCUUCCAAGCCCCCUCCCUCCCGUGUCCCGGCCUUUGCCUGCCCUGUCCCUCUCUGGUCCCAAGAGCAACAGCAGAAGCUUCUUCCUAGUUCUUCCCAGGGCUGGGUCUCCAGACACAGUCCGUGGGUCCCAUGGCCACUUCACGUCUGCCCUGUGACUGUGACCACCCUUCCUGCCUCCCAGCUAGUCUUGGCUUUCCUCUCCCCGCCCCAGCCCAGACCUGCCCUCUUCGUUGCCACACACCCUUCCAGCGCCUUAGCUGAAAGCACAAAUGGUGAAACCAGUCCCCGUGCUCCAUCUCUAAUGUACUAAAUCUAAAAGCCCCGAUGAGAGGCAGUUGCUUAUCGAAGGGUUUGGUGGUCCUUCUCCUGGUGGUUCUGCUGAGCACAGGUUUCCACAGGAUGGUCAAGUAUCCAAGUUUACAUCAUUGUACUUAUUACAGGUAUUGACAGUUUGCAAGGGUUCAGGGUUAUUGGUUUGGGGGGGGGGAGUGGGUUAUGUUUUUUUGGUUAUUUUUUUUCUUUGCUUUGUUUUUGUACAAAAGAGUCUAACAUUUUUUGCCAAACAGAUAUAUAUUUAAUGAAAAGAAAAGAUACAUAAAGGUGUGUACUUUCCAAGGUUUUUUUUUUUUUUAAUUAUUUGAAUCCUAAACCUCUUCCUGAGAAUAACAUUCCCCUAAACAUGCUGUGGAAUAAAAUUAAUUGUGAUGA